AGGGAGAGAGGGAGGGAGUCUUCCCAGUCAGUCUGAAUCUCUAUCAGCCUACACAAUCUCCCGGCAACCUUGGGCUCAGUAAUGUUGGAUACGCUGCGAGGGUAAGCUCUACCUUCCACACAAGCUCUGCUAUCACCUGCUUGAGGACACACACAGCGCACACCCGAAUAGAGAAGGAGAUUGAGGCCCUGGAAACACAGGAGCUCAACAUCUCUGCCAACGAAGAAGUCGUUCUGAAGCGAUUAAAAGAGGUUGAGAGGACAGCUGAAGACAUUAUUAAGAAAGCUACCUUGGUAGAUGGAGAGGCAGAUGGAAAAGAACUGAACGAAGGUUGCAGCACAACUGAGAAUCACAACUCCUUCUCUGUCACCAUGGAAACUACUGAACAAUCAGAGCUGCCGAUGGACUGUGAAGUGGAGGUCGCACUGGCUGAUUCACCUGAGCAGGGAAAGGAUUUCAGGGUGUAUGAUGCGCAAGUUUGUUUGGAGACAGAGAUAUCAGAUUCCCAAGAGGAAAAGGCUAUGCUUGACAAAUCAUUAACCGACCUGCCAAAUGAGACAAUUGAGACUGACAAGCCUGACUGCUCUGACACCAGUGUUUGCCCUGAAAUGCCUUGUCAGGAUCAAAAGGAAGCUUUGAUAUUAGAACCAGGGCAUGAAGAGCUCAACAGGAAUGAGUCAAUCACUUCAUCUGUGUCCGACACACUCUCUAGUGCUGACAGUGUUUACGAGAACGAGGCCCAUCGUAAGAGGCAGGACACGCCAGAACAAGACCCUGAACAAGAACAAAUCCCUGAGCCAGAGAAGUAUCCUGUGCCAGAGCAAGACCCUGAGCCCGAGCAGUGUCCUGAGCGAGAGCAAGAGCCUGAACAAGAGAAAUACCCUGAAGCAGAACAAGACUCUGAACUAGAGCAAUACCCUGAGCCUGAAGAAGACCUUGAACUGGUGGACUACGCUGAGCCAGAACAAGACCCUGAACUAGACAAGUACCCUGAGUCAGAGCAAUACCCUGAGCUAGAAUUAUACCCUGAACCAGAGCCUGAGGAUGAGAAAAAUAAGGUUAAUCCCGAUAAUGAUGGCUAUCAACAUCUCGCAAUAGACACAGAGGAAGACCCAGAAGGCCAUGACAUCCUAUUUGAACCACCCAUUACAGAAGAGUCAGUAUUAGAGCAGUGCAUUAGACAAGAGGCAAUGUCAGAUGUGUCCAAUGAGUCUUGCCAUGACCUUGACCCUGACGAAAUGGACGAAUGCCUGAGAGUUGAGAUUGCAGCGGCUUCCUCAGAUAGUGACACAGAUGAAAAAUGGAGAACAAUAUUCUCCUCUUCUAUAAAUAAAGAAGACGAUGACUCAUAUUUGGACAGUCUUGAGCUGAGUGCCCAGGAACUUUUUGUGCAGAAAGUUGAGGUAACAGACUUUGAAGAACAAGACAAUCGCAACUUUGAAGAGGUCCGUUUUGAGGUUCCACAAGUGGAGGAAGUUCUGGAACAACCGGAUGAUAAAAUUUCCUUUCCGACUCCUCCUCAAGAGGUUAAAUAUAACCCUUUAGGCCUUCAAGGAUUGUCCAAAAUCUCUGAGGAUGAGAGUGAAAAUGGCAGAGAUGCUAACUAUAACCACCAACAGCACAUCAAUUCAGAUUCAAACAAGAAGCUACCUAAAGACUUCUGUGUGAUACAGGAGACCAAGAGUGAGAAUGUCAGCACAGAGCAUGUGGAUUUCCAGCUGGCUCGUAAACAGUGGAAGGAAAUGGAGGAGCAAACCAUGAACAAGAUCGUCUUACCCACAACCAAGCAACCCAGCUUUCAUGGCAGCCACAGUUUUAUGUACACACCAGUUCGCAACAUUGAAAGAACCCAGAAGAAAGCACAUGAUCUGGAGAGCUUGAAUCUGGUUGGGGAUUAUCCUCACACCCAAUUCAGCCCUUGCUCAGAGGAUUCUGGCCUGGAUGAUUCCAGUUACAGGUCUCCUUACGAUGAUCCAGAAACACCAGUUGAAAGGGAGAUUCGCAUAUCAAUAGAGAGGGAGGAAAACUUCAGGAGAGAAAGGGGCAUCUCUAGGAUGGGCAAAUCAACUGACUGCGCUCCAUCACGAAAUAUUCCCAGGUCCAUAAGCACUCCUCUCACACCAUCAUUUAUCAUCACCUCCUCACCCACAAAGGAACCACUGAAGAACGAAGUGUCAGCAAACAACGUUAUCAUUCUUGACCCUAGCAAUGAUUUUUCCUCCAGCCCCAGACAUGGCAAAGACAACGUGGCAGCUCGGUCCGGUGAGUGGCGUUCUGAGGACAAUGGCUCCAACGUCAUUAUCCUAGAGACAUCCAAUCUGAUUAUUCGCAGUGCCUCAGAUUUCUCCCUCAACAAAGCGUGUGAGCAGCCCCAAGAAAAAAUGUUCCUGAACAACCCCUUUUUCAAGCUGCGUUCAAGAAGCUCAAUAUCGCUGGUGGAUGAAGAGAUUAAGAUGGUAAAGCAGAGGGAGGAAGAGCUGAGGAAAGAGAGGGCAAAUCUGUACGGCAAAGACAGGUUCAAUACAGAAAGGAUUCUGUCAAAUCACAUGGACACUUUGGCAUUUGACAAUUCAGUUGAUGUACCAGUGAAGUGCAAGUCCUCACCAUCAUCCCCAAUGAAAACAGCCUAUAGGAUGGAUCGCUCUGCUUUAUCCUGCGAUCACCGAUUUCCAGAGGACUACACGGGAGGAAGACGCAAGAGUGCCAUGGCUCUGCGCUGGGAGGCGGGGGAGUUUACAAAAAAUGACUGAAGAGGAACAAGUCAACAGUUUGCCAUAAAAGGCCAUCAAUUGUUAUACUCAUUCAACUUAGAUGCAGCAUUGCAAUUGUUUGUUUCAUGUUGUGACAUAACCUAAACUUUCUGCUUCUGUGACGCUUUGGGCAACAUUAGAAAGAUGAUGAAAAUUUUUGUGACCACAUUAUAUUGGACAUAACGUACUCUAUGGAGGCUAAACCCAGGUUAUCAAUUAAUGUGUCAUAACUGCAUUCCUUCUUAUGGAUUACCCCUAUUGACUAUUAAAUUACUGUUUAAAAAGUUCCAAUUCAGAAUUACAGAAUCUAAAAACCUGACAUUUUUCUUUUUUUAGUAUUAUUCUCUGAUAACUGAUUUGCCUUUACAUUUUACAUAUAAGAAUAGUAGUAAAGGGUAAGACUUUAUCUUAAUACAGUACUCACAUGCCAUAUAUACAUUGAUGAAAUUCAGUUCAGCAGAAACUAAUAUGAGGCUUCAGCAGUGUGAGUUUGAAAUAUUAGGUUGUCGUCAAAUGUAGGUUUGUGUUGCCAGUAUAACUGACUGUAGUGUUGUAUCUUUGUCUCCCCUUUGAAUAGUCUUUUCUGCAGUGCUGCUCUCUGAGGUUGAGGAUUGGGCUUAGUUUAUUGUUAGCUAGCUAACAUAGCUAGGGCUAAGAUUGGCUUUUUUAGGUAACUUGAGGGCAGCAGAAACAGGCUAUAAACAAAACAUUGACAUAUAUUAUAAAGUUGUUAUGGUGACUGUAUUAAGAAUUUUUUUACACAUUCAACUGAAGCCCAAUAUUCAUUUUACCUCUAUAGUUUGGUCUCCCCUAACUCCUUAGAAAAGUAUUUGGCUCUUUAGCUGCUAGAUGCUCAAUUCAUACAUUCACCAGAUAGUGUCUAGCUGUGUCUAUCUACUGCUUGGUGCUGGGUGGGUAGUGUACAGUGGGUUAAUUAUCACUAUGAUCGACACCUUAUAUUACUUGUAGUAAUUUUAUCCCUUGUAAAUACAUCGAUCAGCCAUAACAUUAUGACAACAGACAGGUGAAGUGAAUAACACUGAUUGUUGAUAUAUUAGGCAGCAA